AUGUCCAGGUUAUCCAACAGCCUUAAGGCGCUGAUCAACGCGCCAAAAUCCCGUCCCAAUACUAUUCCCGCUCCGCCCAACAUCCAAUCCGUCUACCAGAAGAUUCAACAGGUAGCGGAAUUAAACAAUGUCUCGCGACCCUCUUGGUUGGCUUUAUCGACCGCCGCCACGAUGACGAUGAACUCUCCCGAAUCCCUUACCCUUCUCUUCCAACUAGCCACGACUUCCCAAUCUACGGACGAGAGUGUGGCCGUUGCGGAAUUGAUGCGGGAAGUUGGUCUGAAGUGCAUCAGCUUCAAUGGCAUCCCCCGCACUAUCAACUGUCUCAACGCCUUCAAAGCCAGUCUUCCUGAUUCGGUCAGUGCGCAGCUGUCGCGGUCUCCUACUAGAACGCCAUCACCUGAUAAUAUCAAUGAGAUCGCCCACCGCGGUCGCGCUUUGUGGAACUCUAUCUACCGCCCAUUCGAGUCGAAGCUUUUUACUAAAUUGGCCGAGUCACAUCCCGAUCUACCGGUCCAUAUCUUGAACAGCCAUUAUGGGGCAUUAUUGUCGGAUCCAGCCGGCCGAAGCACCGGUGCGAGUGCGGGUAGAAUCUCGACAUCAAUUGUUGCUGUUGCAUGUCUACGCGCUCAAUCCGGUGUUGGGCCACAAGUAACGUCGCAUGUGUUUGGGCUACGCAAGGCCCUCGAUGAUGGGACAUGGGUAGACGACUUCGAAAGCGAGGAGGGGGCAAAGUGGCUUGCAAGCGAUGAAGGCAAUACCUGGAUUCUGAAUAGCGUAGAUGACAUCGUGGAGUCAAUCAGCGAGGGAACGGGGCCCAAUUUCGCUCCUGCUAGAAGCUCCAAGCUGUGA